GAAGCAACAUCAAAUCAUCUGUGUAGUAAUGAAAAUUGGCAUCGGAACAGCGGCUUCAAUGGUUGAAAUAAGGAAAGUCGCUUCAAUACCAAAUUCUCUGAGGCCAGCGAAAUGAGAUCGUGGCUACGAUUCGCAGGACGAUAAUAAGAUGUGGACGUCGCGGCUACGCACGAGGCGGAAGUGGCAUCAACCACCCUCCGGGAGCGGAGGGACGUUACCAGAGUUCCGGACGAGGAGUCGAAUAAAUUUUGUAUGGUCGAUCCUUGCCACGCUGCUGGUAACUGCCACGAGACAAAUUGAGAGUGCGGAGUGUCCACCCCCCGAGGGCAUCCCCGGCUGUCCCUGCUAUAACUUCGAAGACGGACUCUUCCUGGAGUGCGCUGGCGCUACCGAAGAGUCGUUGAGGGUCGCCCUGCUCGGGGUACUUAUUACAUCUGGCGGUGAAGGAGCAGUCGUCCAAUCGUUGAGCGUCUACGAACUAGACCGUAACGUCGAGGAGCUAAGAGAAGUCGCCUUCCCGAUCGGCACCCAGAUCCGGCAUCUGCAGAUAUCACACUCGCGGAUAAAGGAAAUUAGCGAGAAUGUUUUCGAGCGGCUUGGUCAGAGCCUCGAGUCCUUGGCCCUUGUUUCUGGGCGUCUUCCACACGUGCCACAAAAGGCUUUGGCGCCUCUGCUGCGUCUCACGGUCCUGGACCUUGAGGGGAAUCUCGUUCACGAUCUUCCUAGCUACAGCUUUUACGGAUUAUCUUUGACAAAACUGAACGUGAAAGGGAACCAAAUCACAAAGAUAUCAGAAUACGCUUUCACGGGGCUUGAGGACACGCUAACAGAUUUGGACCUCGCCGAGAAUAAGAUUAGGGUUUUCCCCAUGACGGCACUGAGGCGAUUGGAGCGUCUCACGUCGCUGCGGUUGGCUUGGAACGAGAUAUCCGAGCUGCCCGAGGAUGGAUACUCGAAGCUAAAAGCUUUGAAUUUUUUAGAUCUUAGUAGUAACAAUUUUGAAGUUAUCACACUAAACUGCUUUAGAUGUUGCCCGUCCUUACGAACUCUAUCGCUGUAUUACAAUGCGGUGGAGUCGGUUGACAAGGAUGCCUUCAUAUCGCUAAGUUUCCUCGAAUCCAUCGACUUGAGUCACAACAAGAUAGUAUUCCUAGACAUUUCUACAUUCCGUGCCAAUCAGAGGCUGAAGUCGAUUGACCUCAGUCACAACCACAUCCACUACAUACGAGGCGUGUUCUCGAAACUGCCAGACCUCAAGGAGCUCUUCCUUGCGGAAAACAACAUCUUGGAGAUACCGCCUGAGGCCUUUACCGGCAGCACCAGCCUCUCAGUCGUCUAUCUUCAGCAGAACGCAAUCAGAAGGAUAGACCCUCAGGGUCUAGCAACCUUGAAUCAGCUGGCCCAGCUACAUCUAAGUGGAAACUACAUAGAGAAAAUUCCUCGAGACUUCCUAGGACAUUGCGAGAACCUUUCUACGCUUUCACUCGACGGCAACAACAUCCGCGAGCUCGAAGUCGGGACAUUUGCCAAAGUUAAGCAGCUCCGGGAGCUCCGUCUGCAAGACAACCAGAUCACUGAGGUAAAGAGAGACGUUUUUACCCCACUGCCAUCCCUCCUUGAACUCCAUCUUCAGAACAACGCUAUCACCGACAUGGAGACUGGAGCUCUGAGGUCUCUGCACAACCUACAGCACGUCAACUUACAAGGGAACCUACUCGCUGUUCUCGGAGACGUGUUCCAGAUAUCGAACGACGUUGGCCAGAAUGGGAACGGUGGCAGCUCACUAGUCUCUAUUCAGCUGGACAAUAACGGACUUGGCGUUUUGCACAAUGAUUCGCUCCGGGGUCAGGCAUCGGUACGAAUAAUGUGGUUGGGACACAACAGGCUGACUCGUCUUCAAGCACCGCUAUUUCGCGACUUGCUACUCGUCGAACGACUCUAUCUGACAAAUAAUUCUAUAUCCAGAAUAGAGGACGCGGCCUUUCAGCCGAUGCAGGCACUCAAGUUUCUCGAACUCAGUAUGAACCGCCUCAGCCACGUUACAGUCAAGACUUUCUCGGAACUUCACGAACUCGAAGAACUCUAUCUCCAGGACAACGGACUACGAAGACUCGAUCCGUACUCUUUGACGGCUCUGAAAAGACUUCGGGUACUUGACCUGGCCAAUAACCAUCUCAACGUUCUCCACGACACGAUAUUUCAAGAGGGACUGCCGAUCAGGACGUUGAAUCUCCGGAAUUGCACUGUCAGUGUCAUAGAGCGCGGGGCUUUCAGAGGGUUAAAUAACCUUUACGAGUUGAACCUGGAACACAAUCAUCUAACGGCCGCUGCCUUGGAUAGGCUUGACAUACCCGGACUCAGAGUUCUCAGGGUGUCUCACAACAACUUCAGCCAAAUAAACGGUGAAUCACUGGAUGGCAUUCCUUCGGUUCAACAGCUCACCAUGGACUCGGUCCAGCUUCGUCGGAUUCCGCCCGAAAUAUUUUCAAAGAAUAAAAUCCUUGGUAAGUUGAUACUGAGUAAUAACAUCCUGCGAAGUCUUCCCGGGCUGUUGUUAAUCGGUCUAGAAUUGCUGAAGGAAGUUAAGCUCGACGGUAACAGGUUUCAAGACAUUCCUUACGAUGCUUUCGCUAAUGCCACAUCGAUAGAGAUACUGUCAUUCGCCAAGAAUGUGAUCCUGAAUGUAGACGUGUCGAAACUCAAUGGUAUAACAAACCUCAGGGAUCUUGACCUUCAUGGAAAUUAUAUUUCUUCUCUUUACGGAUUUGCCGCGGCUAACUUGUCCCGCCUCAACUCAGUCGAUUUGAGUCAUAACCGCUUGACUGCUCUUCCCGCGAACUUCUUCGUCCACUCGCACUUGUUACGACGCGUCGACCUCGCGGUUAACAACUUUCAUCAAAUACCUGGCGUUGCCCUAUCAGCCCAAAAUAUACCAGGACUCAGCUGGCUCAACAUGACCGCCAAUCCUCUGCUGAGAAUUCACGAAAUCAGCUCGGAAGCGAAGUACCCGGCUCUUCAGGAGAUUCACAUCUCUGCCACCAAUCUCACCAUCGUAACCAGCCAGGAUUUCGAAGCGUUUCCGGCACUGAUGCACCUCUUCAUGGGAAGCAAUGUUAUAUCCAGAGUGUCUCCAAGCGCCUUUCGAAACCUGCCGAAUUUACUAACCCUCGACAUGAGCUCGAACGAACUCGAGCUCCUGCCCCAGGAGAGGCUGAAGAGACUAGAGCAUCUAAAGCUGCUUAACUUGACGCACAACAAACUAAAGGAACUCGAAAAUUUCCCACCAGACUUAAAAUCCUUACAGAUUCUAGAUUUAUCUCAUAAUCAGAUCGGCGGUGUUGGAAAGAACACCUUCCAACACCUAGAGAAACUCGAGGAACUGCAUUUGUAUGGAAAUUGGAUAUCCUUCAUAUCUCCGGACGCCUUCAGACCACUGAAAAAACUCCGUAUUCUCGAUCUCAGCAAAAAUUAUUUGGAAAAUCUACCUCUCAACGCAUUUCGACCCCUGGAAACACAAAUCCGGAGUCUUCGAGCCGAAGAAAAUCCCCUCAACUGUGGAUGCGAGUCUCAAGAACUUUGGGAAUGGCUGAGGGACCAUCAAAAGCUUGUGGGUGGCGUUGGCCGAAAUAGAGGUGGAAUGGGAGUCAAUGAGAUGGAAAGUGGAUUGCUGAGAUGCGAAAAACCUCCGGAACUUCGGGGCCAGGUAUUCCUGGACCUCGACCCCCACGCCUUUUGUUCGGCUCCGCUCAUCCCUAAGCUCGCUAUCCAGGACAUUCAACCGUUUUCGGUUCUCGUUUCUUGGCAGAGCAGAAACCAUUCUAAGCUUCAAGGAUACCAAGUGGCGUAUCACGCGAUGGACAACGUUGAUCAGGUGCGAGGAAAGGUGCUGGAGUCAAACGCCCGUUCAGUAAAACUUCCGAAACUGUUCUCAAACACGCGUUACCGGAUCUGCGUAUUCGGCCUGGGGAACUGGGGUGACCUUGAAGAGCAGAGAAACAUGAUUGGUCAGUUCAACGCAUCGCAUGGUGAUAUUUUCGAGAUGAUGAUGCUGCCGGAAAUGAUCGACUCUCGGACGAGUCGAUGUACGGAAGUGAAGACCCUGGAGGCCGUGGAAACGGAAAUCACCAGUAUCGGCUCCGUCGGGGAAGUGGAAGGAGUGACGAGCAUACUAACCCGAAGAUUAGGUUUGAUAGUCGGGUGCUGCAUGGGUUUUGUCGUAUUCAUAGUCCUGGUUUCCGUGCUCGGUUAUCUCAAAGUGAAGAAACAGAGGGAAGCUGUGAAGCGAGACCAGCAGGCCAUUCCAUCGGAGUGCAUCUCCUACCGGCACUUCAGCAUCCAAAGUGGAGAAGCCGGACACGGGGCUAGAGUUACGAGCCAGGAUUCACAGCAGCAGCAUCCCAGCUUCAUCAGCAACGUCGGAAACACUUCUCUAAACGUUUAGGCGUUGGCCAAAAACGAUUAUUCGGGGUUGAAAUGAG